CAAUCCCAGAAUCCCAGUGCAGAGCCACACCAGGAAGUUACACAGUAAUGCACGCUAGUUCUGUUACAGUACCCUGUAAUUCAGUUAUAGGAUAGGCGUGUGGCUUGGACUAGGGUGUCUUUGUAAGCAAAUAAAUAAAUGGAUGAAACAACAGUAUCGGAGUCUGGAGAUCCCGGUAUGAGCACUACCCGCGACAGCAGUGAAUGGCGUUUCAAUAGCUCAAACACUGGAAAGAGAAAGAUGAACGCCACUGCUUCGGGUUCCAAUGAGAACGCCAGCGCCUCGGGCAGGAAACGAAAAAUGACUGUUUCUGACAAGGAGUCGGGCAAAAAGCCGCACCUGUCAGCAUUGAUCCUGGCGAGGGGCGGCAGCAAAGGCAUCCCCUUGAAAAACAUCAAGGUGCUGGCGGGGGUGCCGCUGAUCGGAUGGGUGCUCAGGGCUGCGUUUGAUUCCGGGGUAUUCGACAGCGUGUGGGUCUCAACAGACCAUUCUAAAAUUGCAGAGGUGGCUGAAGAGUUCGGUGCUCAGGUCCAUCGCAGGAGCCCGAAAGUUUCAACAGACUCCUCGUCUUCCUUAGAUGCCAUCCAGGAGUUUCUGAGGCUGCACAAAGAGGUUGAUAUCAUUGGAAACAUUCAAGCCACCUCCCCGUGCCUCCACCCCAUCCACCUGCAGGAUGCGACGAGGAAGAUCCGGGAGGACGGCUGCGACUCCGUCUUCUCUGUCGUGAGGCGCCACCAUUUCCGCUGGCAGGAGGUCAAGACAGGAGGUGUGGAUACCAAACCCCUGAACCUGGACCCUGCCAACAGACCUCGCAGACAGGACUGGGAUGGGGAGCUCUGUGAGAAUGGCUCCUUCUACUUUGCAUCAAGAGAGUUGAUAGAGAAAGGAUAUUUACAGGGUGGUAAAAUGGCCUACUACGAGAUGCUUCCUGAAUUCAGUGUAGAUAUUGAUAUAGACAUCGACUGGCCAGUCGCGGAGCAGAGAGUACUCAGGUUUGGAUACUUUGGGAAGGACCAGCUGGAGCAGGUGAAGCUGCUUGUGUGCAAUAUUGAUGGGUGCCUGACCGACGGGCAGGUGUAUCUGUCUGCUGGGGGAGAGGAGCUGGUGUCCUGGAACAUCAGAGACACCACGGGGAUCUCCACGAUCCAGGAGCAGGGAGUGGAGGUCUGUCUCAUCUCAUCCAGAGACUGCUCUAUACACAAACUGCUAGCCAAAAAGAUUGGCUGCCAAUUAGAACAGAAUGCAGCAAACAAGCUGGAAGUUCUGGAGCUUUGGAAAAGGAAAAAGAAACUGUCAUGGGAGCAAGUGGCUUAUAUUGGUAAUGAUGAAAGUGACGUGGAGUGCCUGAAGAAGGCUGGGGUGAGUGGGGUCCCCCACGAUGCCUCCUCGGACGCCGUGAAAGCCGCGGGGUACACCUGCAGGAACAGCGCUGGACGUGGGGCGGUGCGCGAGUUCGCUGACCACAUCCUGCUGCUCGGUGAACAGGCCAGGGCUAAGAGCCAGCAGAAAAAAACACUGAAGAGCGUGUGUAGCUAACAAAUGAACAACGACAUAAAUCUUACCUGUUGCACACUACCAGUUUUGAAUGAAACAGACGUCUUCGCGAGCAUGUAUUUUAAUUUUAAAACUUUCCGUUUUAACCAGGUGAAGGAAAUCUGUUUGCAAGCCUUGCUUUAGAUAGUUUUGCACUUCCUUCAAAUCUCCCCCACCCCUUCAAUCCCUCCUUUCCUGUCAUUAACUGAACAGCUGCUUCCCCUGUUCAUUGACAUGCUUUGCAGUCAGCUUUGACCCAGAAGGCACAGCUGUGUUUAAAUGACCUAGGAAGUGAAUCUGUAACAGAUUUCCUUGAAAGUGCGGCAAAAAAACUGCGAAUUUAGUUGAACAGCUUUACCGCAUGUUUGAGACCUGUGUAAGGACUGGAAGUACGUGACAGGUAAGAUUUAUGAAAUCAUUUGGUAAACUACAACCUCUUUCAGGCAUGAACAGACCAACAGACCUCGAUUUAGGUUUGUCUUUCCCUUCUUUAGCAGUGUCCGUCUUGUUUGGUCUAGGGCAUGUGCUGCAGAUUCCUCCUGUUCCAAAUUCAAAAUGACAAAUUUGAUUGCAGUCGUAUGAAAUAAGAAGAUUACGAAGGGCUCUCCUAAUGUAGUGGAUGAGGAAAGCAGCUCAGACGCUGACCAGCGUGUGUGUAAAGGGUAACAUUGGGGCAUGUUACUUUGUUAGAUUAUUCUCAGUUGGUUUAUAAAUAGGCUUAAACAAGCAGUGUGUGUCUCCAGUCUGUUCAGCUCACACAAUCAUGCCUGAUGCAUCUGCCUGGUAACGCUAUCCGUGGGGAAAAUGCUGCCGACACAGGGAUAUUUUACAAACAGCUGCUUCUACUACAGCAACAAAAUAAUAAUGUGAUUCAAACGGCAGCUGAGCAGAACUUCAAAUAACGGGUCAAUCGAACGCUAGUUCUUUAAAAAAAAAAAAAAAGUUUGUAAGUGUAUUCAUCCCUAGAUUUAUACCCUGAACCAUAUUAUGUAAGCAAAGCUGUAAGCAAAGCUGUGUUUUAUUCCAGUACAGAAAUGGUGCCUGUACAUCAAGCGGUUUCCUGUGUGUUAUUAUAUACAUUGCCUGCCACUAGUAAAAUAUUCUGGUCACUUCAUACAGUUUUGUUAAGAAUCUAAGCUAUUGAAAUCCAAAAUGCUGAUGCAGACUGCCUGACAGUCUUUUUGAUUUACAUUUGCUUUGUAUUUUAUCUAGAGAGUCCCGUAUGUAAUUGUGAUGGAACCUGGUUAUGAAUGAUCAGGUUAGAUAUGUGGGAAUCUGCUUUUAAUGAUACCGAUGGCUCUAAUUUUCUAUGUCACUUGCAUGUAUGUUUGUGUUGCAAUAGCAAACAUGCUUACAUUUCUAGUAAGUCGAUCAGCUAGUGCCUGGUGUGAUACUGUAAUAAUUACUUGUAAAAAUAAUAUUAAUAAUAAUAAUAAUGGAGCUCUCGAUUUUGAGAAUCUAGUUAAAUGAUUUCAUUUGAAUAGUGGAUGACUUUCUACAAUAGGGUGAGAGGUGUUGCAUGGGGUUUGUGCAUCACAGUGUGGUAUGGAGAAUUAAAACUUAAAAAGUUGAUUAGUGAAGUUUUCUUUCUUUUUUUUUUUUUUUUAAGGACAAUAAAGAAUUCCUUGCCAUGUAUUAAAUACAGGUUUAAUAUAAUGAUUCUGAUAAUGAAGGGUUGUUUAAUAAAUGGGUCAUGACA